GUGACUGGUAUCACUUCAUUUUAUGGCUAAACAGUAUAUAUAUAGACAUAAUUUCUAUUGAACAAGGAAUCCGAAAACAAGAAUGAUGAUAACAACCGUUUGUUUUCUAUUAUUUUCGAUGUGCAUUGCACUUGGUGCCGGGGAAUGUCCUCUCGAAGCAUGUACACUCGACUUAAAACCACCCGGUUGUCGUGCCGUUUCUUUCUUCGUGCACAAUGGUGAAGUUUGUCAGAGCUGUGACAUGUGUGUUAGAAAAACAAACAACCUUAUCGACGGAUGUCCACUACGGCCCUGCAAUCGGAUGUACAUACCCAAACGAUGCAGAAGGGAAAUGUAUUUUGUGUACCAGGGUGGAAAGAUCUGCCAGGAUUGUCCAAGAAACAUAUGCAAAUAUUAAGAAAGAAAAUAAUAAAAUGGUACCAGAAAU